AUGUCCGCGCCGUCCUCGCCAGCGUCUUCGCGUCGAGGUUCGCCAGCUCUCAUGCUGACGCCUCGCUCAAAGAUCAAGGCUCUCCUUGCUACUGUUGACAGCAGUGAUGAAGAGACCGGCGCAACUACGGCGUUGAAAAAGCCUGGUCGAACUACGGUUCGGCCCGCUUUUGCACAGCUCGACGACGACGAUGAUGAGAGCGAGUCCGACGUCGAGAUCCGCCCCCGAGGCAGACUUGCUGCCCGGAUGCAGGCUAAUAGCACAUCUCGAAACGAAGAAAGACCUCAAAAUGCACGUGAACGCGUGAGACAAAUGCUGCAAAGCGAAGAGAAACAUCAACAGUCUCGAGAAGAACAGGACGAUUCGGAUGACGAUCUGCCUGUCGCUCCUCGUCGUCUGCAGCGUCGCCAAGCUCGCGAAGCUACACCAGAGCAAGAUACCACUCGGCCGAAUCAAGACCAACCUUGCAGCCCUGGUCUCUUUGUCUCGUCUCCAGCAGGCCCUUCCCCAUCUCGCAGUGUGCAGCACAACGGCUUGAGUUCAGACAGCGACGACUUGCCCGCUCUCAAAUCGGACCGCUUCAAAGCCCUCAUUGAGAAAAAGCGCCAGGAGCGUCUGGCUCGCGAAGCCAAGGAAGAAGCUGAGCGAGCCGAGCGUCGAGCCCGUCAGGAGAAGCUGGCCUCGGAGCUCGACAGCCUCGACUCCAACGCUGACGACGUAUCAAACAUUGACGACGACGAGGGUGGCCAGACCUUGACACAAAAGUCGGUCCGCCCCCCCCGCAAGGCCAGCAAAAAAGCCAUUGAGGAAAUCAACCGCGAGACGCAGCGCAUGGCCCGAAGCAUGCAGCUGGCCCACCAGCCCAAGACGCGAAAGACGUUUACAAAGAGUAGUCUGUUUCAGAGGUUCAACUUUAGACCCGAUGACCAGCCUGCUGAGACAGUCGAUGAGCCUGCCAGCUCAAGCCGCCCAACUACGCCCCAAUCCGAUGUCGAAGUGGCAAACACCGAAACGCCACUUAGCUCACCCACGUCAGCCCAGAAGAGCGCGAAUGCGUUCACCGUUAUUCAGGCUGUGUCAGAUAAUGACGAGGACAUGCCCACCCUGGACGAACUUGCUUGUUCUGCGCAUGCUCAGCCUAUCGACAAGGGCAAGGACAAAGCCGUUGAGGUAGCUGACGAGCAGCCAGCUGAGGUAAAGUCCAAGAAGCAGUCUCGCAUCCGCCUCCCCAAUCUUAUCAAGACAUUCUCUGCCGACUCUGAUGACGAGCUUGAAAUCAUUGUCACGGUUCAAGACAAGGUCAAAGCUGUCUUUGAUAGUGUGCCUAUCAAGACCGCACAGGAGUCGCGCUCCCUGCAAGUACAUCGUGCUCUGGCGCUUGAGCAAGCACCGGACACAGAUAUGAGAAUUACGAGUGGUCAAUUUCAGGCUGCUCUGAGGCAAAAGGUCAGACAGCAAGCCAAGUUGGAGCGUACCCGUCGACUUGAGCUUCUCAAGUCUCAGGGCAUUGUUGUUCAGACUGUGGGGGAGCGCGAGAAGCAAAUGGAAGAGGUGGAAGAUAUUGUGGCCAAGGCUCGCAGAGAGGUGCAACGUGUCACGGAGCACGAGCGCGAAGCCGCCAAGAAGAAGGGAACAGAAACCCCCGUCAACGAUCCUCUUGCUUGGGACGACAGUGAUGAUGAGUAUCAGGCUUCGGAAAAUGAGGCAGAGGUUGAAGCCAUCGAGCUUUCCGGAUCUGAGGAUGACCAAGUUAAUGAGGCCGAUGAUGAGAGUGACGCGGUCAGUACCACGUUUGAUGUCGAGGCUGAGGAGACAGAUGGCAAGGAGGAAGCCGGGGCUGGCGAUGAUGAUGCGGAAGAGACUGCGAUUCAGACGCGUCGUAGACGCCCCAGAAUCGUCACUGUAGUGCUCUCGGACGACGAAGGCGAAAUAGAGAUCAAGGCUACACCUGAGCCAGCCAGGCCAACCAACCAGAUAUCACCCGCUGCGACAAAAAACGCCUCUCCUGCUGCGCCGGGCUCCGUUUUGCGAUCGGCCAAGAAGACUUUCAUUCCCGGCCUGCCUGUCAAGGGACCAGCGGGUCUCGGACUAACACAAAUCUUUGCUGGCACCAUGGAUGACAGUCAGAUGGGCACCGUCAAUGGUCCUACUCAGUCCAUGAUGCCCGACUUUGAUCAGUUCCCCGACUCCAACUUUUCAGCAACCAUGGAUCAGCCUGAGGAUAGCAUUAUCGAGGAUUCUCAGCGUUCCGAGACGCAGGGGACUGCGCAGAACACUCUUAUCGACUUGUUUAAGUCGCAAAUGCACGGUUUCGACAGCCAAAUGCAGGAAUAUCCGGGCGAAACCUUUGAAGUUUCUCAGGACGGCGGCUUUCAAAUUCGAACGCCUAUCAAGGAGCGCUUCGUCGAGCUGCCAUUUUCUACCGAUGCUACCGAAAUUCCUGGUACCAUGGAAGAUGGCCCUCGGGCAUCACCACUCGUGCGACGCGGCAAGCUUCGUCGUAGGGCUGAUGUUGAGACCGCUAUUGAACCUACUCAGCCUACUCAGCCCAUCUCAACUGAAGUCUCUAUCACUACACAAGAUGCUUUUGCCAAGCUGAAUGAACAGGCAAAGCAGAAAGCGAAGCGACACCUCACAGAUGCUUUUGACGCUAAAACUAGCAAGGCCAAGGAGUUGUUUGAGCAGGAAGCUAUGGAGUCUGAUGACGAGUAUGCCGGCCUUGGCGGUGUUGAUGGCGAAGACAGUGACAACGAGUCCAAUGCCUCUGUGCAGGAAAUGAUCGACGAUGCCGCUGCAAGCAAUGCCGAUGACAGCAAGCUGGCUGCUUUUUAUGCUGACCGAACCCGCGCAGAGGACGAACAGCAGGUCGAGAAGCUGUUCAAGGACAUCACUACAGGUAUGCUGCGCCGCAAGCGUGGCGCCGGUUACGACCUUUCCGACUCUGACGACGAUGGUGAGGCGCGCCAACGCAUGAAGCGCCGCCAGUCUGCCAAGAUGCGGAAAGCUCUCUUCACAGACGAGCGUGUCAAAAAGUUGGCCGAAACCCCCGGUAAUCAGGCUUUCCUGCGUACUAUUGAGGACCGCGACAGCGAUGAUGAGAUGAAUAUCCUGGAAGUUAUUGAAUCAUCCUGGCAGCACGACUCGUCACAGGCCCCUGCUCCCGAAUCACAAAACGUUGGUCAGCAGACGAUUCCCGAGAGCCAGCCUAUGCAGCCCGCCCGUCAGGCACUCGCCACCGCGAGCAACGACGGCGAUUACCAUAGACCUCCCGCCCACAUGCGCAGGACGAAAAUCCCCAAGAAAUUAUCCAACAUUGGCGACGUUCGAGAGACGCUUUCCAACUUGCUCGAAGAGCCCGACGCCACGUUGAUUCCCGCAACAGAGGCCGGCUCUGAAAGCGAAGACGAAGACGUGGCACAACAUACCGGCAACAAGGAGAAUCGUUCUCCGCGACGCACAACUACUGGCGUCAUUGACCGCAUCAAACUCAAGAGAGACAACUCCAACGCCUCGACGCGCAGCGGUCGACUUGCGUUUGCCUCGGCGGGAUCGGCGUCGGGUGUCGCGUUCAAGGUGCCGUCUUUGCUGCACCGCGCGAGGACCAACUCGUCCAUGACAUCGACGGCGGCGAGCAUCACAUCGAACAGCUCGGCCGGCACCGCGGCGGGCGGCUUUGGCGACGAGAACAAGAUUAAAAGGACGGCUGGCAAGCGUAGCGGCGUGGUGAGCCGCGCGGUGCCGGUCAAUGAGGGCCACGCGCGCAUACAAGAAAACGAGCGCCGCCGCGAGGAGAAGAUGAUAAAGGUCGCGGAAAAGAGAUUUGGUGGCUUGGUGGAACUAUUUAGCCGCGGCUCAUUUGCAUAA